AUGUCGAGCAAAUUUAGUGGGAUUCGACGUGUGUUGCUUUUCCGACGGUUGACCCUGAAGGACUGGCUGGGGAAUGCACCUCGCAUUGAUCUGAGCGAGUUCACGUCCCUUAAAGCCCUACGCAUCUACCGUGUCUUUCUCUACGGAGCGGAUGGUCAGUAUGGAGCCUCACCUCAAUCCUUACGGGAGACUGAUAAUACGCCAUACGAUACUUUUCUUCUUGGUUUGAUCACGCAUAAAAGGACACAUCUUCCAAGCUUAUACACCGUGAUUAUCCACUCGCCUGAAAUAAUGUAUGAUUCCGAAGAAGGAGAUGACCUGCCCGCAGGACCAUGGGCACUACCAUCUUCACCCGCGCGCGAAGCUGAAUCAGCCGGAAUAAAGCUGAAUGUGUGGCUAGGACACCCCUCUGCAGGAGGUGAAAGUGAACUAGAUUUUGGGGAAACUGAUGUUCUCGGGUCACUGAAAAUCAGUUCAACCACACAGUGUAUCCAACCAAGCGAAAGGUGGCAGUGA